GCCUGUGCUGUGCGCUUGGGAGUAGAAAAUAGAAAUUAGGAGAUAGUAGGAGUUUCUUAUAGGGAGGUUCUCUCUCUCUCUCUCUACCUAUCUCUCUCUCUCCGUGUAUAUAAAAAUCCUCACCUCCUCAGUCUCGUCUUCCACCCAGUCCUCUCACAGUUGGGAUUGGAUUAGGGGUUUUUCCGCACCAACGCACGCCUGUAUGAGCUGUUUUUUUUUUUGUUUUUUCUUACCCUAACUCAGUGGUACGGAUUUUUUUUUACUUUUAUCUUCUUCUUUUUUUGGGGAAUAUUUUGGAGUGGAAUUCGUACCCCGCGCUUCGUUCUCAACUCUGAACGGAUUGAUUUAGGAAAAUAUAGUUUGGACGUUGCGAAUAUUUUCCUCUACAAGAAGAAUGGAACGCAGAGUUAUUGAGUUGGAUCAAGGAUGGGAAUACAUGCAGAAGGGAAUAACUAAGCUGAGAAGGAUCCUAGAUGGAUUACCAGAGCCGUCGUUCAAUGCGGAAAAACAUAUAAUGCUCUACACCACUAUAUACAACAUGUGUACUCAAAAGCCCCCUCACGAUUAUUCUCAACAACUAUAUGACAAAUACCGUGAAGCAUUUGAAGAAUAUAUUAGAUCAGCGGUUAUGCCCUCACUAAGAGAGAAGCACGAUGAGUUUAUGCUGAGAGAACUUGUGAAAAGAUGGUCAAAUCAUAACGUUAUGGUUAAGUGGUUAUCACGCUUCUUUAACUAUCUUGAUCGGUAUUUCAUUGUUCGCCGGUCACUUCCUUCACUUAACGAAGUUGGACUUGUCUGCUUCCGCGAUCAGGUUUAUAAGGAGGUAAAUGAUAAGGCCCGAGAUGCUGUGAUUGCUCUAAUUGAUAAAGAACGUGAGGGAGAGCAGAUUGACAGAGCACUACUGAAGAAUGUUGUAGAUAUAUUUGUUGCAAUUGGGAUGGGACAAAUGGAAUCUUAUGAAAAGGAUUUUGAAGCAUCGAUGUUAAGUGAUACUGGUGCUUACUAUUCUCGGAAAGCAUCAAAUUGGAUUUUGGAAGAUUCUUGUCCAGAUUACAUGUUGAAGGCUGAGGAAUGCUUGAAAAGGGAGAGGGAUAGAGUUUCUAAGUACCUGCAUUCAAGCAGUGAGCAGAAGUUGGUGGAGAAAGUGCAACAUGAAUUGCUGGUUGUCUAUGCAACUCAAUUGCUUGAAAAGGAGCAUUCUGGGUGCCGUGCUUUGCUUCAAGAUGAUAAGGUGGAAGAUCUUUCUAGAAUGUAUAGACUUUACCAUAAAAUACCUAAAGGCUUGGAUCCCAUUGCCAAUGUAUUUAAACAGCAUAUUACAGCUGAAGGCACAGCCCUGGUUCAACAAGCUGAAGAGGCCACCACUAAUCAGGCUGCAAAUACAAUCGCCAUGCAGGAACAGGUCCUUGUUAGAAAAAUAAUCGAGCUGCAUGACAAAUAUAUGGCUUAUGUGAAUAACUGCUUUAUGAACCACAGUCUGUUUCACAAGGCCCUAAAAGAGGCUUUUGAGAUUUUCUGCAAUAAAGUUGUUGCUGGAAGUUCAAGUGCAGAACUGCUUGCUGCAUUUUGUGAUAAUAUUCUGAAGAAGGGUGGGAGUGAGAAGUUGAGUGAUGAGGCCAUAGAAGAAACGCUGGAGAAGGUAGUUAAGCUGCUUGCAUAUAUUAGUGACAAGGACCUUUUUGCAGAAUUCUACAGGAAAAAGCUUGCCCGGCGUCUGCUUUUUGAUCGGAGUGCUAGUGAGGAACAUGAAAAGUGCAUUUUAACAAAGCUGAAGCAGCAAUGUGGUGGUCAGUUUACCUCUAAGAUGGAGGGGAUGGUCACAGAUUUGACUCUUGCUCGGGACAAUCAGACCAGCUUUGAGGAAUAUCUUCGCAAUAACCCAAAUGUUACUCCUGGGAUUGAUCUAACAGUCACUGUUCUUACUACUGGAUUCUGGCCAAGCUAUAAAUCCUUUGACCUAAACCUUCCUGCAGAGAUGGUAAAGUGUGUUGAAGUUUUCAAGGAAUUCUAUGAAUUGAAAACAAAACAUAGAAAACUUACAUGGAUUUACUCUUUGGGAACUUGCAACAUUAAUGGAAAGUUUGAGGCAAAAACCAUUGAACUGGUUGUGUCAACCUAUCAGGCUGCUGCCCUGCUGCUAUUCAAUACUGCUGAUAGGUUGAGCUAUUCUGAACUCAUGACUCAGUUAAAUGUGACCCAUGAUGACUUGGUUAGGUUGCUGCAUUCUCUGUCAUGCGCAAAGUAUAAGAUCCUCAAUAAGGAGCCAAACACAAAGACUAUCUCCCCUACUGAUACCUUUGAGUUCAACUCCAAGUUCACUGAUCGAAUGAGGAGAAUUAAGAUUCCUCUCCCACCAGUGGAUGAAAGGAAGAAGGUAAUUGAAGAUGUUGACAAAGACAGAAGAUAUGCUAUUGAUGCUGCAAUUGUGCGAAUAAUGAAAUCUCGGAAAUUUUUGGGUCAUCAACAGUUAGUGAUGGAGUGUGUAGAGCAGUUGGGUAGAAUGUUUAAGCCUGAUAUAAAAGCAAUCAAGAAGAGAAUUGAAGAUCUCAUCACCCGUGACUAUCUGGAAAGGGACAAGGACAAUCCAAAUAUGUUUAGGUACUUGGCAUGAUUGAAGCUUCUGUAAGCAAAAGUGCUGAUGGGGAUUAUGUAGCGAUUGGGGACAUGUAAAAAUGAUGUGCACAGCUCGUUUAGCAUCGCUUCUUCUUCUUCUUCUUCUUUUUAUUUAUUUAUUUUUAAAUUUUUUGUUUAGUCUUUCGAAACGAGGAGUGGAGAAUUUUUGUGUAAUUCUUGGUAGCCAUUUUUGCACAAUUGACCUCAUUUUAGUAACUGGAGAAAUAUCUAUAGAAAAUAUUGAUUGCCGUUAACGUA